GGCCCCACCUCCGGCUGAAGCACAUAGCGAAAGCGGGGGCAAGGGAUUUAAAACUUUUUAGCGAACUAUUACCGUGACUAUUACCCCAUCAUUUAGGGAAUACUGUCGCGCUGUUUGUCAUCACAUGUUUAGAGGAAGAGGGACGGCGUGUUCAUCAACUUUGAGAGAAAAGCGAAGACACGUCCCAUCUAGAGUUUCGGUUCAUGGGCUCGAGCGGCUCCAACAACUACAGCAAAGUUCACGUUGACAAUUCUGGAGAAUUUCGGGCUGACUGAAGGUGGAGGGGAGAGAGCGCGUAGCUGCAGACACCUUUAGGAGAAGGCUUUAUCCCCGACGCACUUUCUGGUAUCCUGCGUAUCCUGCGGGUGGAAAACUUCCUGCCUGUUUGUCCAGGUGGUCUCAGCGAUGCCACAUCGACAAGCCCAUCUUCUGUUCUUUCUAGCGCUCUGCAGCGUGGCCUCUGCAGGUCCUCUGUCGCGGAGCCCAUGUGAGCUGCUCCCGGUGGGCUCGGGGCACCCGGUGCAGGCCCAGCUGAAGAGCUUCACAGCGCUGUCCGGCUGUGCCAGCCGGGGCACCACCGCCCUGCCCCAGGAGGUCCACGUCAUCAACCUGAGGAGUAGUGGAGGCUCCGACACACCUGGGGAGAAGCCCGCCGAGGUGUCCCUCCACCUGAAGCCCAUCCAGUCUGUCCGGGUCCACCAGAAGGCCCUGGUGUUUGUGCUGAACUCCCCCCAGCCCGUCACCUGGAGGCUGAAGACUGAAAACCUGGCCCCUGGAGUCAAACGCACCUUUCAUGUAUCGGAGGGCUCCGAUGUGCAGUUUGAGGUGGGCAACUUCUCUCUCUUCUGCGAGGUGAAAAAGGAGAACCUUCCCCACGGCAACGACCACCUCUUGGCCUGGGCGCAGAGGAGGUACAGGGCCAUCACCUCCUUCUCCGAGCUGAAGAUCGCACACGACGUCUACAUCAAAGUGGGCGAAGAUCCUGUCUUCUCGGACACGUGUAAGAUUGACAACAAGUUCCUCUCCUUGAACUACCUGGCCAGCUACGUGGAACCCCAGCCCUCCAAAGGCUGUGUGUUAACAGGUCCAGACCAUGAAUAUGAAGUCCACAUCAUUGAGCUGCAGGCCCCCAAUUCCAGCAGUGCGUUCCAGGUGGACGUUAUAGUGGAUCUUCGGCCCAUGGAGGCGGACAUUCCCUCGCUGCAUCGAGACGUGGUGCUGCUCCUCAAAUGUGAGAAGCCUGUCAACUGGGUGAUCAAGGCUCACCGCGUCUACGGAAGGCUGGAGGUGGUGACAUCAGACACCAUUAAUGUGGGCUCCAGCACAGAGGUGCAGAUGCAGGUCACCAAGUCCCCCAAGGUGCCCCUGCCCUCAGGCUCCCAGGCAUUGAUCCAGUGGGCCGAGGAGCACGAAUACGAGCCUGUCACCUCCUACACAAACACCCCAGUGGCCAACCACUUCAGCUUGCGCCUGAGAGAGCAAGAUUUGGUCGAUCCUCUGGAGACACUGUUCCCUCCGGAGUUGUCCAUCCUGCGUAACCCUGAUUCCGGUCCUGGUUUCUCAGCUGGCAGCGAAUCUUCCCCACCACGGGUCAGCUUGCCCUUCCCUUUCGCCCCCCGGCCUCCCCCGGGACAGAGCCUACCCUACCUGCCCCACCUGCCCCGACCGCCCUCUCUGAACGAGCAGCCCUGGGUAGGGGGAGAGGCCGAGGAACAGCACACAGCCCCGAACGUGGCCUUGAGUGUCCAGUGUGAAGAGAACAAGAUGGUGGUCAGCAUCGAUAAAGAGAGUCUGCAGUCCGGCGGCUAUGGGAAAGUCAACAUCACUCUGCUGGACCCGACGUGCCGAGCGACCUCCAACUCCACCCACUACACGCUGGAGACCCCGCUGACUGGCUGCCAAACCUCUAAAUACCCCUUCUACCUCAGUCCCGUGGUCAUCUACAUCAACUCAGUGCUGAUCAGCCCGUCGGAGUCGAGAGACGGGAGUGGCUGGCCGCCGGACUUUGAGGACCUAGAGUCGGGGGACGUGUUCCCAGGGGAUCAAGAGGGGCUGGAGAGAGCUCUGCAAACACCAAGGAAUCACCGCAUACCCAUCCUGUUCAACUGUACGUACCGCAAGAACCAGAGUCCAGACCACGGCCCCCCUAGCCUCUUCCCCGGCCCCAGCUUCCCUGGAGGGACAAAAGACAUAGUGGACAAUGUCACCUUCAGCAUGCAGCUGCACAGCACCAACCUCUUCCUCUUGGACCCCGACCAGGCCUUCUUCACCGUCUCGGAGAACAAACCCAUCUACGUGGAGGUGUCUGCUACCAAAACAGAUCCUGAUUUGAGCUUCGUGAUCCAAACCUGCUUCCUCUCCCCAAACUCCAACACCAACAUGCCGUCGGACUACACGCUGAUCGAGAACGUCUGCCCCACCGACGACACGGUCGUGUACUACCCGUCCCGAGUGGACCUGCCCAUGCCCCACGCCCAGACUGAGCGCAAGCGCUUCAGCUUCACCUUCAGGCCAAAGUUCAACACCUCGCUGAUCUUCCUGCACUGCGAGAUGUCCCUGUGCUCCAAUGGCCCCAACAGCAAUGGACUCCCUGAGUGCAUGCUGCCAACCGAGGCUUGCAAAGAGAUAUCCAUCUCCACCAUCCUGAAACUGAUGAUGAACACCAAGACCUCCACCAAGCCCCUGGUGGUCAUCUCUGACGGAGUCAUCCCAACCAUAGAGCUUCCAGUUAUGCCCACUGAAGAUGACCAGACAAUAGAACCCCCAAGUGGACCCGAAAGUUAUGUGCUGGACACCACGACAGUAGUGGGCAUUGCCUUCGCUGCCUUCGUGAUCGGAGCUCUGCUGACAGGAGCCCUCUGGUUCAUCUACUCACACACAGGUGGUCCAGCCAGUCGGCAGCAACCGCCCAAAUCUCAGCCGGCCUCGGAAAACAGCAGUGCUGCCCACAGCAUCGGCAGCACGCAAAGCACACCCUGCUCCAGCAGCAGCAAUGCGUAGCCCAGGGGGAGAACCCAAGAGAACCCAAGAGAACCCAUCCGAAUGCUGGAGAACCAUCAUGUGAACGCCUGCACAGAACGAGCACAGCACAUCACUCAAUGUCUGCAGGUGCCAGGGGAAAAGCAGACCUUUAUCUGACCACAAUUCUGUAAAUAUAAGUAAAAUCUAUUGUAGAAAUGAAUAUAUACAUAUACAGAUGUAAAGUAAAUUUAAGUAAGAUAUAUUUAUUAGAAAUAACAUUGAGAUAUAUUGAUGAGUCCCGCGUGGGAACCUAUUCUGCAUUGUGAGAGCAAAGCAGGGUGUCUAAAAAAGUUAACUAAAGACAAGCAGAAGUAUUUUUAGGGGCAUGUAGCAAACUUAACACACAAACACAAACUCCACCCUGCUGAACCCGGUCCAUCAUAUUUCUGAGAAGUCCUUGAGAAUGUGUGACAGUACUACUGCAGUUGCAAGGGCUAUUUUGGGCUUGUUAGCACACACAUGACCCGAAGUGGCACCAAGGUCUCAAAAGUCCAGUGCUGAACUUUAAAUGCUAAAACUAGAAGCCAAAAACAGAAGAGGGUGAUAAAUACCGCUGUGUAUUUUGAUUGUGAAGUGCUGCUUUGUGAAGUGCUAAGCCACAAAGGGGGACAUUGGUCCUCUUUUUUUAAAUGUAUUUUUCUACCAUAUAUGGUGUAGUUUAGACUACAUACAGAUGUCUGUUUACACCACUCAUUCUUGAGACAGCGCUACAAGUCAAACCACAAAAUCUCCACCAAUCUCCUCUUCAUCUCUUUAGAUCAGCCCCACGCUACCUUUUUUAACCACUGAUAUAAAGUAUAACUAUAUAUAAACAUUGUUUUAUGAUUCCUGAUAGCAAUAUACAGUAUAUCUUAUUUCUGCCAAGAAAUCUAAAUUAUGUGAAAAAUAUAUGAAGCAUAAUAUGCAUGCUUCAUAAUUAAGUUGGUUAGCAAGAAGUUCUGGUUUUGAUUAUGGACGGGUAUUAUCUCGUUGUACAUUUGCUACAAUGACAAUUAAGCUCAUUCAUUCAUUCAUUAUUUCUAAUGUCCACUAAGGCUCAAGACUGACUGGCGUAGGCUGGCAUCAGAAGAGGCAUUCUAUUCCUAUCAGACAUAAUCGCCUGUGUUGUAAAGUGAUGUAUAUUUUUGUGAAUAUUGUACAUAGGAGAGAGUUACUCACUAACAAAGCUACAAGAUGUGAGUAUAUAGUGUUGUGAAAAGGUGAACGGCUAGUAUUCCCCAAAGAUUUCAUGCUUCAUGUGCGACUGACAGUGAUUGAAAGCUAGCUUUGAGACAAAGUGGAAAGAAUACAGGAAGCUAAACCAGUUACAUACAUGUAGUACAGUAUUCGGAGUAACUAUCUCCAAAAUUGAAUGUGACCAAAAUAUCCUUGAGAAACAUUAAUUCAUAAUAGUAGAAUCCAUUUGCAAAAUCACCCAAGCCACCUUGAGCUGAAAUCAAUCAAAAGUGGGCACGCAAAGUAGACUGUUGUCCAGUUUUUUUUUUUCCAGGAGGCCACACAGUCCCACAUCAUAUCAGGUAAAUAGCGACACCUGUCGUGAUGCACGCAUAGCCUUAUUCCAUGAUGUUUAUCAUAUCAGCACCACAUUGGCCCUGUGCUGUGAAUUACAUUUUAAAUAUACGUAACUGAUCCACGGUCUGUGAAGUCUCCAGACAAGGACAGACAUCCUCAAGUGUAUCAUGGGGCCACUAGGGCCUGUGAGCUCCUAGCACUGACAAAUCUAAGGGCAUUCAGUUUCAAUGUAGAAACUCAUAUCUCUCAUCCAAGUCUGUGAGCAUGAAAUAUAAGACAGUUAAUGGGCACUUAGAAUGGACGGGGCAAGCAAGUUUUAAUGGACGUUCUGUUAUUUCUCAUUCUUUUUAUUUGUUACUUUUUUUUUUUGCUUGUUAUGUGUUGAUGAAAAGCCAAGAAAAAAACCCACCGUCGUGAAACCACAUGAAUGUGUCUUCAUUUUCUUUUAUUCUGUAUCGUUGUGGAGAUAAAAAAUGGUUUCUGUUUUAAAAGUGGUAUUAUUUUCUAAAGCAAGAACGGCAGGCGGGGGGAACCAGUUUGCUCUGUACACUGUAUACUGUGUAUAUUUUGAGAAGUGAAACGUCCUUCCCCCACUAAGAUCAUAUUUACACAAACUGUAUUUGUAUCAGAUCCUAUGCGUGUGUGCUAUCGCUUGCUGCAUACUAAUCUAUAGAAUGUAUUCUCGAAGCUGACAAGCUGUUGUUAUGUCCUCCGAGAGAGUGUGUAAAACAGAGUAUAUAAAUAUAAAUAUAUAUAUAUAUAUAUAUAUAUUUGUGUAAAGUUUAUAUUUUUGAAGGUAUAUUCCCAGAGCCAACUUAUAAAAAUAUUCUCUCUAAGCAUACUGUGAAUUUUGUGCGCUUGCUCUGAUUUCUUUUUUGUCUGUUUUAUCUGUUUGUCUAAAGGGAGUUGACUGAAACCCCUGGAAGUGUGUUUUUGGUGUUUCCAGGCAGAUGAAUCUCUGAGACUACCUGGGUUAGAGACUUUUUCAAUUGAACUGAAUUGAAAAAAGACAAAUGCAACCUUUUGUAUUUAUAUAAAGUGGUAAAAAGUAAAAUAAAAUAUAGUGCAUUGCCAUACUAUUAUUCCGAUUGCUGCCAUCUUGUAAGAAGAAAGUCCGGACAAGUCGAUUACUAAACUCUCCUCCUUUUGCGUCCAUUGACAGUAGUUUGCGCGGCAUUCGGUAAUAAACUUGUGCGGACUUCUCAUCCCCUGGUAAUGCACUGACUGCACAAACAGUCCUUUUUAUACCCUUCCUGUACACUUACCAAGUUAAACAUUACUCUGUGUUGUCUGUAGGGCCUUUAUUUUGAGCCUUAUCAGUGGCUUAAAGUAAAGAUUAACUUUGAUGUAUAGCGAGCUUGUACCCAAAGCUAUUGCUAUUUUAUUUCAUUGUUAAUGCAAAUUCCGGUCUUACUACUGCGAUUUACAUAGUAUUGGUGCCCAACGAAAGUUCACACUUCAUUAUUAUCCAAAAAUAGAGGUUAUUCUUAGACCGGAGUUGUCCUUUAAGCUUAGCCAGCCCAUAUUUUCAUACUAUAAAUUUACAGCCUGUCAGCAAACAUUUUCAGUUUGUGCAUUGUGCAAUGUGGUAUUUUUAUACCACGAUUCCAAUUAUAUUUGUAAGUGCUUAUAUGUCUAUUUAGACUUUUGUAAUGUGUGCAAUGCUAAAUCUGUGACGUUGACUAUAACAUUGAAAAGUCUCAGUAUUUGAAAAACAGUAACUCUCAGCUUAGAUAGCCGUUAACUCUGAAACAGAUCUGAGCACCUCAGGGCCAGAUCCAUGUGAGAGUUAUAUGGUACCAAUGGUUUCAGUCAGCUUUCUCCAAUCCUCCCUUUCUGUUUGUGUCUUUGUUGGUCAUGAAUAUGCCUUCUGGAGGCUUUCAAUGCUGUCAUUAUGAAAGUGUGUGUGUGUGUGUGUGUGUGGUGUGUGUGUGUGCGUUUUUACUUUUUUGUUUUUCUGAGAGUUAAAUGUAAAUGUAAUCACACCUAAGCUGUUAAAUGCCUGAAACCUGAGUAGAGGUCAGUGGUGUUGUAUAUAUGCUAAGGGGCUAAAAUGCUGGAAUGAGUCUGUCUGUAAGAUAUACGGUUGGCAAUGACCAUACCCCUGAACCAUUCCCACAUCUGUGUCCCCACUCCCUUGCUUACCCUCAACAAGUUUGUAAGUAACCCACCCAAAAACUAGAGCAAGUUCACUGUGUUAAAUGUACUCCCCCAUCUCCAUGAAUUAGAGGAGAACCCGUCUCCCUUUGUGUGCUCCACUUAGUGCCCUGACCCAUCCCUGUGCUGAUGACCAGCUAAUCAACACAGUCAACAUGUGGGUUAGGGCAUGUAGAACUUCCAAAUCAAACUCAGAACCUUUUCAUUAGAGGGCAUUAGAUUUGAAAUACUACGCCAGUGUCUGUGGUUCUCUCUGAGGUUACCCCGUUGGAGUCUCCCCUUAGCCCUGGUAUUAGUUUGCAGAUGUUCUGUGCUGAGCUGACUGGUGGGGGAUUGGAGAUAGAAGGAGAACGGGGGUUUGGUGGUUUCUGCUUCAUGUUCCGUACCCCUGGUUUUGUGGGGAUGGGGGGCCCUGAGCCUGGCAGGCAGCCUACACUAGGAGGGCUGGAUGUGUGUGCCCAGCAAAGCAAAGCCCCUCUCAAAUGCUGAUUGUACUUUCUAAUGGUGUUUGCGUUUGAAUGUUUUUGUGUUUCAUCUACCUCAGUAUUGUUGCUGUUGUAUGUCGUAUGUGUGAGUGUGUGCAGAUGUCUGUGUGUUGGGUGCUAGAAGUACCCGUGUGUGUGUGUGUGUGUGUGUGUGUGUGUGUGUGUGUGUGUGUGUGUGUGUGUGUGUGUGUGUGUGUAGUGCGUGCGUGCAUGUGUGUGUGUUUGUAAAACAGUUCAGUUUGUGGUUUUGGGGGAGCGAUGUAAAGCUUGGGCCAUUGAAUCACAUAUGAGCAUGGUGUUCAUAUUUUUUCCCCUUUCUCUCUUUCUGUUUGCGUGUUUGUUCAUGGUUCAGUCUUUUCAUAUAUCCAAUGUUGUUUUCAUCUUCCAAACCAAGAGCUUGGAUCAUUUUAUGAGAUAAUCCAAUGAAAGCAGUAAAGACCCAUUAUUUUACAACAGGCCGCCAGCUUUUGUGUGAAAUGUGAAAUAAAAAGGCUAGCAACCCAAGCAGGCUUUCUAUCCCAUGCCAGUCCCAGUUUCCCCUGGGCUCAAAGUUAUUUUGUUGAUGAGGGCUUGUUUAUUUUUUAUUUUUUUCAGUCUACUAAAAGCAUUUUUUCUUUCUUUGUAAAUAAUUUACGCUGUAAAUAUGCAUGCUGUUUGUAUGUUCUGUAUAGACCUAAUAAUAAAUAUGUAUAAUCUCUCAAAA